GAGAAUUUGACUUGAUAAUCAUUUUGACCAAAUUCGGAUUGUCAGAUGCUUUUUUUUCUAUAUUAAAUUAAAAUCUUUAAAUUAUGAUGAAAUGACUCAGACAUUCACGCUUCCAGACUUCCUAAAACCCCAAGAAAUCCACCCCCAAUUGCUCUUCAGUCUCUACUGUUCUAGGGUUUAAAGAUGAGUAGAUCAGGCCAACCUCCAGAUCUCAAGAAAUACAUGGACAAGAAGCUCCAAAUCAAACUGAAUGCAAAUAGGAUGGUAGUGGGCACACUUCGCGGUUUUGAUCAGUUUAUGAAUCUCGUGGUUGACAACACAGUGGAAGUUAACGGCAAUGAGAAUAAUGAGAUAGGCAUGGUGGUUAUCAGAGGAAAUAGCGUCGUGACUGUUGAAGCGCUUGAGCCAGUAACUAAAAACUUGUAAUUUUUACCAGCAUUGGUUUAUGCUUUCUUAUUGUGGACAUCAACUGGUUAAUCUGAUCCCUUGGGGGUGUGGUUUUUUUUUUUUUUUUUUUUUUUUUUUUUUUGGGAAUAGCUGGGUUUUGGUGACAAAACUUGAACUCGUUUGUUUGUAUUCUGUUAUUAGUUCUUGGUAAUGUAAUUUGGGUUUUGUUU